UUUACGUGAACACAUCAUUGUUUACUGUUUUUGUUUUUUUUAAAUCUAUGGAAUCUUGUGACUUGUCAGUUGUCCUUUUCAAUUUGCAAUUUGCAUCAAGCGACGAACAACGUUAACUGGCUACCGUUACACAUCGGUACAACGAAAUUAAUAGGUGAACUGACAGUUAUGAAUUCACUCGUAUUUGAUAAAUGGUGAUUUGUGUUCGUGCUUCCAGUUCGGAGUUCCCAACAAAGCGGUAUUAAACCAUUUAUUUUACAGGCACUUGUAAAAUAAAGGUAACGAGUGUUUAAUAUUUUGGCAUAAAUUCACUCUACCAGACACCCAUUUUGUUGAUUCAGAAUGCCACCAAAAAAGAAAGUUUUUAAUGGGUAUGCAAUGUUUAUGUCUGAAACUCAGAAAAAACUACAUAAUCAAGGACAGAAUAUGUCUAUGUCUGCAAUGGCCGAAUACUGUAAAAAAGAUUGGGAACAAAUGUCUCAGCAGAUGAAGGACAAGUAUAAGGCAAAAGCUAAAGAAAUGAAGCUAUCAUCAAAAAUAGAGAAAAUGACAUCUGUCGGAGAAAACGUGGAUGACGUUUUAAGUCAAAAUAAGAAAAAUGAUCUUCAAUUUUCUACAAUGUACUCAUACAUAGAAGAGUUGGUUCGUUUAGAUCGUGAUUUCCUCUCUAAACAAACAUUCAUUUUUAUACACGUGAAUUCAUAUGUCUGUGAAAAAGAAAAUUUCUUUUUCCCAUGCGAAAUAUCAAUGGCUGAAUAUAGUUUACACAAAGGACUGAUAAGGAGAUUUCAUCAAUUAGUUGGAUUUGACAAGAAGAGAACAAAUGCUCCUCCUGCGCCAACAGCUGAUAUAAAUGCACAUGCUAAGGCAAACCAUAGAAUAACCACGUUUGAAAAAUUGCCUAAUAACUAUACUGAUGUUUUAUUGAAAAUUAUUGGUUUUAUUAUUGACAGAGAAGUUGAUGAAUCUGUGUUAAACGACCCGACAUUAGAUAUGCCACCAAUAUUUACAGCUCAUAACAGGAAUGAAGUGUCUUCUUUAUCAAUUACUAAUCUUAGUCUGUUUCAAUUAUAUGAUAGUGCUGUAGAAUAUGCAAGUCGAGAUGAUUUUGACAAACUUUUAAAAGUAUACCAUUUGGAUAAGUUAUUUAAAGAAUUAAAAAAUGCAUCAUUUUGGUACAAAAAUCAAAAUUCAAGUGACCAAGCUAUACCUUCUGUUGCUUUGGCAAGUGAUUAUUUAAAUAAAGACAUGUCAAAUACGGUCAACAAUGUUGGAUGUACUUUUCACGAAAGACUUGAACUUCCUCACGUGUGUAGCAACUACUACAUUUGUAAAUGGAUAUAUAUCUUUUCCACACAUUGCUGUUCAUUUUUUAACAUUAAAAUGAUUGCGGGUUGUCAUUACAAUUUUGAUUUGUCUAAAACUGAAACACCUUUAGAAGAAAUCAUACAAAAUCUUAAUGUUAGUGAAGAUGAUUAUUUUAGUAACUACAAGCCAGAAAAAAAACAACCUCGUGAAUUUACUGCUAGUAAUUUCCCCACACUUGGAGGUGCAUCAUCGACUUUGCCUGUAGAAUCAGUAUGGAAUAAACCUGAAACUAAAGUAAAUAUGCCUAGAGCUAAACCGAAUGAGAGUCAUUCAUUCCCUCCACUAGGGAAUGUUCCUCAUUCUAUUCCAGGGAGUAGUUCGCAAAUUCCAUCAAGCGACUGGCGUAAAAAUGCCUGUAAGGGAAGAGGUUUCUUUAAUCCAACAAAAUAAUUUAUUUACAUGACAAGUGAAAACUCCAAAACUAUGUCUAAAAAACAAGAGAAAUACAUGUUUAACGUUCAAAUUAAUUAUCUUUUUCAAGUUGUUUAUAAUUUUUUUUUUUAACAUUCACACAACACAUCCUAUAAAUAUUACUGAAUCUUAAGUAAAACUAAAUAAUGUAUAAUUAUUAUACUGUCAACUACAAAUGUACAGUAAAAUCAAAUUACUUGUUUUUGUAAAUAACUAUUUGAUAUACUGAUUAACUAUGUUUUAUUAAUAUUAUUAUAUUAACC